AGUCACAUGUUUAGAGGCGGGGUUGUCCAGCGGGCGUGGUAGACUAGUAGCUAGCUGAGAUAUAGUUGGUGAGCUGUCCAGCGAGCGAAGGAUCGAGAAGGGCGCUGCAUAUACCGCAGCAAACAUGGCGACACCGCGCUCGAUUACGCCGCAGUCGAGUCGUCGCCUGACGCUGGUCUUCGAUCUCAACCGCAUGGGUGGCCAAUCAAUAUUUGGUGGCAAGGUAGUGAAUGUUCCGGAUUUGUUUGUCGACCGAGGGACCACUCCGGAGAUAAGACCCAUUGCCAGUCAUCUCAAGGAGCACCUCGGCCUCAGAGAUCACGCCAGCUACUUCCUACUACUGGAGGCAGUCUGCGCCCCCAGGGGGUUCCCAAACUCCGCCCCCUCCUCCUCCAUCUCGCGGCCCGACAGACCUUACGUCAUCCCACUUGUCUGCGAUCAGGUGUGGGCCGCAGUGCUAAAGUCUUACCGACUUCAGAGAUUGAAGAUUGUUGUGAAGAAGAGACCGUUUGUCAACGCAGCCAACUUCAGAUGUCGUUCUAUAUUUCCCAAGAGAGAACUGAAGUUCGUGGACAUGAUUUCCUACUUCCCGAGAAUCCUCCAAGAUGACCAUCUUUGCCGGGUCGCCGAAGACAUCUUCCUCGGCGGACUUCGGAUCAAGCCCCGCCUACGGAAGGGGGUGUGGCCUCACCUGGUACGAGUGUUUCAUCCCGGAAUGGAGACGCGCGAGGAACGGGAAUCUUACCUGGGGAAACUGAGGUUGAUAUACGACGCUCUAAAGGGAAGUCUUCAGUCACAGGCCGACAGCCCUGUUCACCAGAAUCGACGACAUCUCUACGACAGCAUUCGACGCGACGCCAUGCGCACCGAUCCAACCGAGUCGUUUUACAAAAACGGGCGCCGUAACGACAGGAGCGGCCCCGGAGACGGCUCCGUCAAUGCAACGUCGUCGAUGUCCAUCGAAUCCUCGUAUCUGAGCCGAGAGAACAUCGAAAAGUUGGUAAACAUCACGGCUGUUUACACCCUGGAGCACGACGAGGUGUCCUACACGCAGGGAAUGACCGACCUCCUCAGCCCAAUCCUCUACGUGAUGGAGAGAGAGGACGAUGCUUACAUCGUCUUCUCCGCAAUGGUCCAGCGAAUCGCGGAGAAUUUCGGGACGUGGUGCGAGGGGACGCUGAAGAAAGUGGAGCGAUUGCGACACCUGUGUGCGGUGCUAGACCCGGAGCUUUCGGCGUAUCUGAAGGACAUCGAGGAAGACGCUUUUGCACUGUUUUUCGGAAUGGUGCUCAUCGAGUGUCGUCGAGAGUUCUCGUUCGAGAACAGUUUCCACCUGAUGGAGGUGAUCUGGUCGGCAGCGCUCUGCAUGCGGCAACGGGAAGAUCCCAAUUGGAGCCCGCCGCCACCCACGACCCCGACACAAAGAGGUCGUCGGGACAACAGGAGGAUCCAGGUGCUGUCACCCGAACCACCUUCUCUCACGGGGCUGGGUUCGGUACCGACCCACUCCGAGUGGGCGUCUUUCAUGUCCAAUCGCUCGCCCGACGUCAUCCGCCAAGUCUUUGGCGAGUUGCAGACCUACACCGCCGUUCCUCUGGCCCGUUCCGAGUGCGGCUCCAUCACGCACAGCACCUUUCUCGUCUCGCACACCCCACCCCCUCUCCGGAAUCAUCGCUCGUCCCUCGACGGCUCCAUGGAGGGCGCAAUGAUCCCCGAGGAAGAUUUGGAACAGAGCGGACCACCAGAUGCAGCGACUAGAGUUAUUUCAGUUGAAGUUCACGAUAGAGUGAAUCUGGAAACGGGCGAAAUGGAGCGAAAUCGGGCGGAAGAAAGUGAAAACCACUGGAAUUCUUCUAGGAGUAGAGUGAGGGGUAGUGGGGAUGAAAUGACACAGCAGAGAUGUUUGGAGGAAGACGAGCCCAGUGCCACACCAAUGGCCACAAACGCUUCCGUCGCUGAAAGGUCUCGAUUCGCUUACUCGCCGGGUAAAGACAGAUCGCUGAGCGAUCCCGUCAGAUGCAGAGUGAACCGAUCGCUGCAUGAACCCAGUGAAAAACAUUCAAACCCGUCACCCAGAAACAGAAAUGAUGAACCGUCAACACCACCGACCGAAUCUAGAUUUGUUUGUUCCGAGCGAGGGGGAGAAGGGGCCCACCCUAAUGACGCCAACCAGAGUUUAAGAAGAAGUUGCUCUGCUAGUUGCUUGACCCCCAGUCCACCUCCCUCCAGUCCUCCUGUUUCUCCCUCCCCCGUGAUACUGGCGACAAGAACUCAGACCGAGAUGUCUGACAUGAGCAGUGUCGAGAGCACAAAUGCCAGUGGUGGAGGUGGUGGUGGUGGUACCACUGCUGCCAGUAAUGACAAGAGUGGCCUGGACGCCAGCAUGGGUGUAGAGGGAGGGGCUGCGGAAGAUGGCAGGGAAGAGGAAGAGGGGAGAGGUGAAGUGUGGGUAGAAAUAGCCACCCCUUUAGAAAACGGGCUUCACACACCUCAAAAACUGGAUGAAGAGGAAGACUGUACGAUUCUCGCGGCUGACACACCGUGUCACUCGGCGGUUACCGAUGACACCCCUUCGUCCCGCGAGAGGACAGACUCGACGCUGCAAGAACAGUCGCUCACCAGACACACCGAGUACCCGCCCGUCUCCCCCGUACAACCGUUUUUCGACACUCUGGAGAUGAUUGCCAGCCUGUCUCGACCGAACUCCCCCGCGCCACCCCCCGAGGAGACUUCGCACCAUGCGGCAGUUUUCGCCAACCUCCUCUCGACGGAGCAUGCGGUGCCGGUAGUGUCGCGGGUAUCCUCGCUCACUGUCCCGUUCUCGGACUCCUUCCCGCUGUUCAUCUGCCUCGCGAUCAUCAUCCAGCAGCGCUCCAGGAUCCUCUGCGGGAACCUGGAUUUCGUGGGGCUCUCUGUGCUACUCAACACGCAGGCGGGGGCCCAGAAUUUGGAUCGAACCCUCAGAAUCGCACGCCAGCUCUACGAGAGGUACCGUGGGUACCAGAGAUUGUGUUUCGGACCAAGGUUCUCAGUGUACGAAGUCUGGCUCGACAACAUGGAGUCACUUUUUGCUUCUUUGCCGUCACCGCGGGCUGCAGCUCCCAAUGCUGGGAGACAGAACGUGAGAAACGGGUCGGCAUUGAUACGAGAGAGAGACGCGGAGGACGUAUAAUGAAUUUUUAAACAUGGAAGUCGGUACCACUCUGAUAUUAUUUUUGUUUGUGUAAUGAGUUUGUACUUGAGUGCAUGCUUGUAUGUGGAUAAUUAUAUUUUCACCUGUGUUAAUUAGGUGAUGUUAGGAACGUCCUAUUAUUAUGCAAACACACUCCGUAAUGUUCAGUAGAAGUUGAAGUAUAAUAAUUAUAGUCAUAAAGCUAGUGUGUGUUACUAUAUACAGUACAGAGGAUAUAGCUACUAUAAAAAAGAGACUAUAAUAAUAAAGUUAUUCAUCUGCUGCUGUUUCACAAUGUUUUGUAACCUGGUAACAAUCAUGUUCUUUCAAAAUGGGCCUCCCACAUUGUGCAUUUUCAUGUAACCCGUCGGAAUCUAGUUCGACCGGAUAUCUCGCCUCCCCCUCCACUCCGGCCCAAUCGAAGCCCAAGAUGCAAAUUUCAUCGCCGUCCACUAGGAUGUUUUUGGAGCGCAGAUUCCCAUGUACAUAGCCAGCAUCGUGCAUUCGUUCUACCGCAUCUUUUAAAGCCUUUUUCGCUUCUGGGCUUGCCGACGUUGAAAUCUUCGAGCCGUUCACUUUUUCCAUGACAACGACAAACCACUUGCCGGGCAGCUUACGCCAAAAUUUAAUCUUUGGCGCCAGUUUUAAUUGCGAAAGGUAGGCAUGGACCUCAACGCUGUAGUUGAAGUUUGAAAACUUCACGAUAACAUCUUCUUCAAAUUUGGCUUCAAACAUUCG